AUGGAUAACAGAAGCUUGGGAUGGCUCGGAGAUGCUAACACGUCCCUUCAGAUUGAGCUUCAGUCGUGUACUACAUCAAGGAACCAGAUUUCACGCAUUUUCCUGUAUGCCUUCCUGUCUGUUGGCAUCAUCUGCACAGUGGUGGGCAACUUCCUGGUGGUCUUGUCCAUCGCUUACUUCAAGCAGCUGCAGUCCCCGACAAACUCCUUCGUCAUGUCCCUAGCAGUGGCCGACUGCCUCGUUGGCCUAGUAGUUAUGCCAUACAGUAUGAUCCGGACCGUGGAGGGAUGCUGGUACUUUGGUUCCCUUUUCUGUCAGCUUCACUCCAGCCUAGACGUUAUGCUCUGCACUGCUUCCAUAUUCCAUCUCAGCUGCAUUGCCUUUGACCGCUACUAUGCCGUCUGCAACCCCCUAGUUUACUCCCUAAAGAUGUCCCCCAGUCGAGUGGCUCUCCUCAUUGCCGUAUGUUGGGCUGUUCCCAUGCUCAUUUCAUUUGGCCCCAUUAUGCUCGAUCUUCAUGUUGCUGAUGUAGACAUAUUGCUUCCUCAAGAUGUGUGCGUGUUCUUGGUCAGUCGCAUUUACGCUGUCAUGGCUUCAUUGGUAGCCUUUUACCUGCCCAUGGCUAUCAUGCUGGUGGCCUACUGGAAGAUCUUCAAAGCUGCCAAACGACAGGCCAGGCAGAUCAGCGCCUUGGAAAGCCAGAUGGCUGCUGGAGUGGGCAAAGACUCAAGCAAGAAAAAGAAACACCGUAACACCAUGAGGAGGGAGAGGAAGGCAGCAAAAACUUUAGGAAUCAUCAUGGGAGUUUUCCUUCUCUUCUGGAUGCCCUUCUUUACAGUCAACAUUGUGGACCCGUUCAUUGACUACAGCACAGAGGUGGUCGUCUGGGACAUAUUUCUGUGGUUAGGAUAUAUCAACUCAUCUCUAAAUCCCUUCCUGUACGGCUUCUUCAACCGUUCCUUUCGUAGGGCAUUCCUUAUGUUCAUGGGCUGCAGGGUAUGCAUGUCUGGAUCAUCCCCUGGGAUGGAGUUAUCGCACACUCGGAAGGAGGCAAAUGAAUGUGCAGAUCAACCAUGAAAUUAAGAUAAAAUGUGGACAUUUUGUGUAGGUCUAGAAAGAUGAGUGUACAGUGAGGGCAGGAUUUUUGUGAAUCAAUGGCUCUGUUAAAACCAGAACUUCUGUUACCAGCCAGGCAAAAUAUGUGUGAGGCAGAGAAAAUGAUUAACUGUGAGUUAUAACACUAAUGAGGCGUGACUGCCAACAGCCAUGCCUUCAACCGUGAUGUAUGAAAUCACCUAUUUUGCUUCCAAGUGCGUGCUCUGUGGCACAACCAUUGUGUGAGAGAAAAAGAAUCAAGUUUGAUUCCGCCACAACGGCUUUUCCCAGUACUGGCACUUGAAAGUAAAUUACCUCUGGAUAAUUUCCAUGUGUUUCCCUGAUUCUGUUGUCCAAAGUAGGAAAUGUAUCAGUGAUAGUAGCAGUUUGGCACAAUGUCCACCUACCAGACAGUCAGCAUGUAUUACGAUAAUAUAUUUAUGUCUAAGACAUGUUUCUUUGUUGAAAUACAACUAUCCAAAUAACUGAUGUGUGUAUAUACCCACAAUCAAAACUGUUGUAUGACCAUUAUGAUAAAUCAAUAUUGGUGGUGAUAAAUUUUAAGUAAUGGAAAGGGAAGCUUCAGAAUAUCCAAGAUGAAACCAAAUGAGGCAUUGAAAGUGUUUCAAGUGAUUUUUUUCUCGUCUACAUACUAAUGAUAAAGAGGACCAAACUACACCUAAAACACAGAAAAGAGGUUUUAUGUGAUGGAAAACAAUUCCCAAGGCCUAAAUGAAGGUAGAAAGGUUGGAAGAUGUGCAAGGCAAGACUUGAAGACGCUACAUGAAGCUUCACUUGGACGAUUUACAGCUCAGGUAAAAAAUACUGAUGCUUUUAAUUCAGUAUUCUUCUUUUGAUCCUGACAAAUGGAUUCCAAGUUCCAGUAAUGUAGACUUUGGCAUCAUCACCUAACCUGACUGUAAUACAGAUGAGUAUAAUUUUAACCAGAAAUCAUAUAACAAAAGUUCAAAUAGAGGAAAAAACAGAUUUGAACUGAAAACAGCUCUAAUACUAGUAUAUAAUAAAUGAUAAUGGUGUAGCCCCUUUGUUUUGUGGAUAACUACAAUUUGUCUCACUGCCAUUAAUUACAAAAAAUAUCUCAUGAUUUGGAGUUCUUUCAGAGGGAACAGAAUCCAUGCAGGUGGAGGGUAGCUAGGCAGCCGAGCCAGAAGUUUAUGCAACUGCAAGGCAGAUUGAACUGACUGGAGAAACGCACGCACGUCUGAAAGUAGGUGUAAGUAAAAUGGUUCAAAGGCAGAAUGAAAAGCACAGCACAAAUUUGACUGUGUCCCUAAUUCUAUUUACACUGGCAGCCUGCAUUGUGUGGUUUGCUUGUUUAACUGGUAACGCAAUUAGUGCCUGAGAUUGCCAGCAACAAUUAUUGCUCCAUUACGGGUGCAUUUUUUGAAAAAGCUACAGUUUGGAGAAGGACGAAUGAGAAAAAAAAUAAGGCUCUCUGAGUGUACGGUAGCUGCUUCAUGAAAAUCAAAAUCUUACCGCUUUUUAUUCCCCGUAAUAGGUGUUACACCAAGUUGAUAAUGAGAUUAAUUAUUGUCAGAAUUUGUCAGAAAAUUAACAUAACUUCUGUUCUCCUCUAAACUAGAUCUGCACGUAAGCUUAAAUAAUUUUGCAGCAUGUUGCUCUUCUAACUUUUUAGGCAUUAAUAAUAAUUAGUAGAGAUUAACACAUUUCUACACAGUCCAGUACUGUUGAGCUGAAUCUCAGGACAUGGGACCUAAAAACUACACUUCCCAGAAUGCACUGGUAGCAGCAAGGAGGUACCUGACACCUGGUGCUUGACACCUGAUCAGUGAGCACUGAUUUAGAGCACCUGGGAAGGAUUAGGAGAAGCUCAGUCAGUCAGCCAAACAAUCUUCAGAAGAGAGACACGAGGAAAGAACAAAGAAGAUCUAAGUUCACUCAUGGAUUCAGUCCAAAGACGCCAAUGGUGUUUGGGAACUGUCCUUUCCUUCCUGCAGUCCCAGUCCUACGCCUUGUUGACACAGCUUCAACAGACAGCCCUCAGUAUUCCAGCCGACCGCCACCUCUGGUCAUAGAAGCGGCGCAGGACCCUCCGUUUUUUGUGACACUGGCACCUGAGGAGCCGAGUGAAAGCCCGCUGGAACUCUUUGCUGGAGCAGGGGUAGAUGAUGGGGUUGAUGCAGCUGUUGA